AUGUGGCGGGUCAUGAUUGAAGAUAGUGCUGGAAAAAGUACCCUUGGUAACUUGCUUUUAGGUCGACCACAUGAUGACGGUCCUUUUGUUGUUUCCGACAGUAUGAUUAAAGACUUCAUCAUGGGUAUAUCAGGUUCCUAUGUUUCGAAUAUGUUGGAAUCUGCUCGACAAGAGCAAGAAAGAAUUCAACGUGAAGAGCAAGAAAGAAUUCAACGUGAAAAGCAAGAAGAAGAAAGACGAAGAGCAGAGUACGAAGAGAGGAUAAGAAGAGAAGAGAAAGAGAAAGCAGAUAGAGCAUAUCAAGAAGAACUAAAUAGAAAGAAAGCAGAAUUUGAACAAAGACAAAGAGAAGAAUUAGCUGCGAUGACAAAUCAAGUUACGGAGUUGAGAAGAGAGGUCCAACAUCAUCAUGACUCGGGCUGUUUUGCUCUUGAUACGAAAGUGCAGCUUUCCAGCGGUAAAUUGGUAGAAAUGGCUGAACUCCAAGUUGGUGAUCUUGUUUUAAGUGAUUUAAGAAAUAACCGUCCAGAGUUUUCAGAAGUUUAUUUGAUAUCUCAUCUGGGACAUAUCGAUCAACCUUUUGAUAUGGUAAAAAUUAAAUUCACAAACCCCGAUGGAAGUAAAGGUUAUAUUCGCAUGACACCUAAACAUUGCAUCUUCAAUAAUGAUUUAUCACUCUUAUAUGCUCGGGAUGUAGUACCAGGCGAAACCAAAAUUCUAGUUUUAAAUCAAUCGAAUGAACUUGUCCCUGUUAUUAUUGAUGACCUUGAUAUUGAAAAAGACACUGGCUAUAUCAGUUUUUAUACACAUUCUGGUACCGUGGUUGCAAACAAUAUAUUGUGCUCAUGCUAUGAUGAUUGCCCGAAAUCACAACUUUUAAUGGACCUGGUAUUUGCACCAAUUCGAUUGUGGACUAAAGCAUUUCCUUCUACCCAUCGUCAAAAAGAACUUCACCCAUAUGUGCAAACUUUAGAAACUACUCAUAUAAUUUG